AUGCCGCUAAUUUCUCCCGGCCUUGCAGAGACUACGACGGCGCCGGAAAAGGCCGUAGUCUUAUCGAAAGCAAAAGGCGCCAUGGUUAUCACGCAAGUCUGUGCCCAGCCUUUUUUCAGCAGCUUCUGCGACGGUAUCAUCGUCAUCGCACUACCAUCCAUGCAGUCCACUCUCGGCCUGUCAGAGGGGCUUCUCGGCUGGCCCAGCUCCAGCUACUUCCUCACGGCGGGCUCGUGUCUGCUGCUGGCGGGCUCUGUCGCGGACGUCGUCGGUAACAAGCGGGUGAACCUGGUCGGAUCCUUUUUCAGCGCCGUAUUCGCCAUGGCCUGUGGGUUGUCGCGGUCAGGGGGCGAGAUCAUCGCCUUCCGUGCCCUCCAGGGCAUAACGAACGCCAUCAUCGCCCUGUGUGCCAUAUCAAUCAUCUCGAACAACGUGGAGGAGGGCCGGCCGCGCAACAUGGGGUUUGCAUUCAUGGGGUUCGCCCAGCCGCUCGGGUUUUGUUUUGGUCUUGUCCUCGGCGGAGUCUUUACUGAUACCGUGGGGUGGCGGCCGGCGUUUUACCUCGCUGCGGCUGCGAGUGGAACACUGUUUAUGCUGAGCAUCUGGGCUUUGCCGCAAGAUACUAGGUCAAAGACAGGCCCAUCCGUCCGGAAGAGACUGAUCCACGAGAUUGACUGCGUUGGUGUCGUGUUGGCCAGCACGGGGCUGGCGUCUUUGGCUCAUGUAUUGGCGUCGCUCUCAGCCGACAUUCACAACAUUCAUAACAUAUCCAGCAUGGCUCUCUUGGCUAUAGCAGGCUGCUCGAUCCCACUCUUCGUUGGCUGGAUGCACCGCCAAGUCAACCGGGAUUGCACAGCUCUGAUUCCCAACUCGCUGUGGAAAAGCCACGUCUUUACCAGUUGCUGCGCCAUGGUUCUUCUCACCAACGCAUUGGCCAACUGCAUGGAGCUGUACAGCAGUCUCUUUUUCCAGCAAGUCCAGGAAGCCUCCGCGAUCAAGGCAUCGUUGCAGGUCGUACCGUCCCUCGUCGCAGCGAUGAGCACCGUUGCGCCUCUUCUCAUGGCUCUGGUCCGGAGCAACCAACUGUAUUGGGAGAACGCAUUCUUCGCGCAGAUUCUCACCCCAAUCAGCUGCGAUCUGCUCUUCACUGUUGGCCUUCUCAUCAUCUCGGAUGUCUUCCCGCGACACAUGCAGGCUCUAGGUGGCGCCGUGUUCAACACCUGCGCACAGCUCGGCGCGGCGAUAGGCAUGAGCGUGACACAGGUCAUUGCUUCGUCUAUGACCAGGAAGUCUUUUUCUUAA